AUCAUUGUAGUUUUUGAUCAUUUUUUGCUGUUACUUUGAUAAUAUUUUGAAUAUAUUUUUUAAUAUAUGAAAUAUACUAAAGUUGUUCAUUAUGGGUUCAAAAGAUCCAUUCUCUGAAGAGCGCCCUGUUAAAGAAACCCAUGUUGAUAUCCCAAAUACAAUCAGCGAAGCAAAGGAAAAACAAAUUGUUUCUUCCUUAAAUAGGGAAGAACUAGAAGAUCGCUAUUUAAGGAUGCGAGAUGAACAUACUAACUUAAAGAAAACAUCUCAUAAGCAAGAAGAAAAGAUGAAGCAAAUGGCAACAAAGCUAUUAAAAAUUUCUAAAGAUAGAAGAAAAAUACAAGAAGGAGGACCUGCAAACAUUAUUGAAUUGCAAGAAAAAAUUGAAGAACUUCAAUCAAAAGUUUUUACUCUUGAAAAUGCAAAUGUGCUUCUAAAAAAUAAGCUAGAAGUUAACCGUCAACAGUUGGAAACUCAUGGCAAAAAAGCUACACCUUAUGAUCAUAUUCAAUCAAGAAUUAAUACAGGCCCAGCAAGUAAAAGGCCUAAUACAGCAGCUCUUCGUGAAAAAAGAAUUAAAGAUCAAAUAAGGGUGCACGGAAGCCCUCCUCCACCAAAAGACAUGCUUCAUGGGUCACCUCGCAGUCAUAGCUCUCCUCAUUCAUAUAUUCCUCCUCCAAUUCUACCACAACCCAGAUAUGGGCAUAGUUUGCUUGAAGAAAGUAGGCUUGAAAACCAAGAUUUAAAUAAUAUUGUUACCAAUCUUCAAAAUCAAUUGCAAGAGUAUGAAGAUAAAGUAAUCUUUCUAGAAGAAAUGCUUUAUAAAAAAGAAUUAAAGCAUGAAGAGGAGAUACAAAAACUUCGAUCAUCUGAAAAUAAAAAUCAAAAAACUGUUAUAAAGGAAAAUGUUGAGUUAAUUAAACUUCAACGAGAAGUAAAAGAAAAAAUUGCCACUUUGCAGAAUUUACAAAGUAAAUAUGGUAAUCUUGAGGAGAUGAUGAAUAAAGUGAAGGUCAGCCAUGAUCAAGUUCUUGAAGAAAUGGAAAGUUUAACAUCAAAGCUAAAAAAUGAACAAUUAAAAAAUACAAUGCUACAAAAUGAAUUAAAUCAAGGAAAUAUAUCUAAAAAAACAUUAGACCAGAAAGAGGAACAAAUAAAUGAUUUAAAAGCUGAAGUUCAGCUACUUAAAGAAGCUCAUGAGAAGUUAUUACACAGUACUUUUGAUUUGGAGAAAGAUAGAGAAUUUCGUUCUAAAGAGAAGCAAUAUCAAAUAAAAAUUGCACAACUAGAAGCUACAAUCAAAUGUGAUGUCAGUGAAAAAAAUGAAAUCAUAGAUAAAUUAACAAGUGAAAGAGAUAUAAGUGAGCUUUCAAAACGACAACUACGAGAUUUACAAGUAAAGUACUUUGAGCUACAAGAAAAUUAUAACAAUCUCAUGGAAAAAAUGAAAUUUUUUAGUAACGAGAGUUCUGUUGAUUUCAACGAAAUUCAAGAGGCUUUAUUUCUUAUCAAGACACGCAAAGAAAAAGAAAGUCAAGAUUUGUUGUUUUUAGACAAAGCAGAAAACCAAAUAGAUAAAGAUUUACGAAAAGAAAUUCAACAGUUAAAUGUAAGUCAUGCUGAAACAAUUCGAGAACUAGAGAAAACAAGAAGCAUGCUUGUAUUGCAGCACAACAUUAAUAAAGACUACCAAAAGGAGGUGGAAAUCACUACUAAAAAAAUGGAAGAGCUAAAACGCGAGUGUGAUAUUCGUGUUAAAGAGUAUGCAGAACUUUUGGACAUUCGUGCAGCACGAAUCAAAAAAUUAGAGUCACAGUUAAAAGAUAUUGCAUAUGGCACAAAGCAGUAUAAAAUUAAAAAAGAUGAUACACUUCUUGAUGAAGAUGAUGAUGAUGGGGAUGCUGAGUUCCAGUUAGAGAGAGGAGAAAAUAUAUUUGAAAUACAUUUUGGAAAAGCGUAUAUAACUAAAGAUGGUUUAAAAGAAUUCAAUGGUAGUGAGCCCAGUACAUUUUUGUCUUAUGAAUUUUUUGAACAUGAGCUGCAAACAACACCUUUGGCUUUUGGCAUAAAUGUUGAUUUUAAUCAUACAUCAACAUAUAAGGUAAAAGUGGAUGACUUUUUUCUCCAUUAUUUACAAAAAGAACCAAUGCUAGUUGAAUUUCAUCAAGCAUUCGGUAUAGAGUACAGAACUAUUGCAAAGUCUAGUAUACAAUUUAAGGAGUUGCUUGAUCGCAGUUAUGGCCGGUUACAUGGUACCAUAUCUUGCAGAGAUGUUGAAAGAAAUAAAGAGAUAGCUAUUGUAGAGUUUUGGAUACGACUUCGAGUUCCGAUGGAGCAAGCACUGCGUCUUUAUAAGGAGCGUACAAAAGCACUAGGAUAUAUUACUUCUAAAGAACUUGAUCAACUUGAGAACCCAACCAAUCAGUCUUUACGUGAUUCAUCAAUCAAUGAACUGCUUAUUACUAUUAAGCAAUGUCAACAGCUAAUACCUAAAAAUAAAGAUGUUCAACCGUCAUCUUAUUGUGUUUACAAAUUUUUUGAUUUUGCUGAUCAUGAUACAGAUAUUGUGAGCCAUUCUAAUUCGCCUCAAUUUCAUGAUAGUCGCAUAUUCCCUGUUCCAAUGACUGAGGAACUUGAUAACUAUUUAAAGAAUUCGUCACUUGAGGUGUAUGUGUUUGAUGAUCUUGACACAGAUUUAACAUCAUAUAUUGGAUUGGCUAGUAUUCCUCUAAUCACUCUUACUCAAGAUAAACCUCUCAAAGGAAAGUUUGAGUUAACCAGUGGAGUUGAUGGAUCAUUGACAGGCAUCAUUGAAGUUUCACUUUCUUGGCAAUACACUUACCUUCCAGCUAGUGCUAAAAAAGCAAGAACUUACCCUCAACCCAUUGACACAAGAACAGAUCGCAUAAUGGAUCUAAGCAGUCAAUCUCAAGUUCAUAAAAGUGUGAUGGUACCGAUGGUAACAUCAGGAAAGCUGUUUGAACCUCAAGUUUCAAAGCCUGAUAAUGAUAUGGAUUCUGAAGUAAAGCCAACAUCUGACCACAAACCACUUUCAGCAAAGUUUAAUAAAGAACCUCCAUCUAAAGAAAGACAUGUUUCUAUUAAAAAGUUUUCUGUAGCUGAUAUAAAAGAUGAUGAAACACAAUUUACAGCAAAUAGUGACGAUACAACACUCAAUAAAUCACAAUUAAAAACAAUGAAUAUUGACGAACUAUCUUCAAAAAGUGUUGUUCAACUAAACAAAAGUGAUAAAAUAUCGAAUAAGAUUGAAGAUGAGCAUACCGCAAAUGCAGAAACUCUCAACAUGGCUGAUACAAUGUUUGAAGAGUCAGGUUCUGAUAGUGAUGUUGUUAUGGUCUCAGCUCGUUUAGUGAAAUCUAUUAUUGAAAAUCAGAUCUCAGACGAAACAGAAGACACAGAAGAUGAUGCUGUAGUUGCUUCUUCUUUAAUAAAUGAUAGAAAAAAAAGUUUGACUCCAGUAUCGCCUACCAUUGUUGUUGAAAUAUUAAGUUUAACACUAUUUGAAGAUGCUGCAUUAUUAAAUAUGGAAAAUAUUCAGCAGUUGUUUAUUUCAUACAAGUUCCUUGAUUAUGAUCCAGAGGAGUUGGAAACACCAAUGUCUCUACCAAAACCCAAAGCCAAUAGACCAAUAUCGUUUAACUUUAGAAAAGUGUUUCGUUUUGAUGAAAAUUCAAAAUCUGUUCAACAUUUAAUCCAUCUUCUGAUGCCAGAGCAUCCUAAUGAAGGAAGGCUGUUUUUUACUGUGGUUAGUGAUCCUGCUGGUGAUAGUGAUGGAGAUUGUGAAGAUGUUGGUAUAGCUUAUGUGGAUCUAGUAGAAAUCUUACGAAAUGGAAAAGAUAUCAUAGAAGAAGACAUAAAUAUUUAUGAUUUGAUUGGAGAUAAAAGUGCCAUCAUCGGCUCACUUACUGUGACUGUAGAGGCGUUAAAUAUGUUGAAAAGUUUAUAUGAGGAUUAGUCAAUUAAAUCAUUGUAGACUUUUUUGCUAGUUUUUAAAUGUUGUUAAAAUGUAGAUAUGUAAUUAUUUAUUAGGCUGAAAAUUAUUUAUAUUUAUUUAAAAAUAUGUUUCUAAAAAGUGAAAAUAUGUAUCUAUUAAUUUUAAAAAACAUAAUAUAUAAUUAUAUAUUUAUAUAUGUAUAUUAAUAUGAAAUUACUUUUUUACAAAUUCAAAUGUAUCUACUAAUAUUAAAGUUAUUUUUGCAUCAGGUUGAUAA